GCUAGUUACUGCCGAGGACGCGACCGCGUACACUUGGGACGUUCACGCCAUCCUCAAAGAAGCUGGCCUUGAGGACCUACUUUCCAUUGGUUCCAAUAUUGUCAUGGCACCAGAGGAGAGACGGGAACAGGAACAGACGGCACCUCAAGAUGAUGAUUCAGGAAUACAGCAUACACCCCGCUCUUCCUCAUUCAUUAUAACAGUAAUAUUCUAGCUUGAUGAUACGCGAUGUCCUGGCCAAUUUGACGAUAUAGAUGAACUACUGCCAGUGUUUUUUCACGGCAUGGAAGCCCCUCAGCCCUCCCCAAUGGAUAGUUUACACCCACAUUCCUCUGCAAAUGCAUUCAUCGCUCGCCUUCUCUCGCUCCUCCGCCGCUUUCUACCCGUCAAUGAUGAAACGACUGAACUUCCGCAACCUUCACGGCCUUUGGCGGUCCAUCUACGCACACUCCUCACUCGUCUGUCCUUACUCAUUCACCGCUUUUCACCUGAAACAACCCUCCACGUCUUCCCGGUUAGAUCCACACGUGUUCCUGGUUCGCCUUUCCUCACUUUUCCCCCGAUCUCAACUCAAUACCGACGAAGAAGUCGAACAUCGUCCAACAAUGCCUUCGAGUUCAUCUCCAGAUGGAAGGUUCAUCAGCCGGCUAUCCUCAUUCUUCCCCUCUCAACCCCACACCAACGAAGAAGCCGAACAUCAUCCCACAGUGGCUUCAAAACUUUCGCAACGCCCAAGUCGUCCUCGUAUUGUCGACGUGGCUGCAGUGCGGGACAAGCAGAGUUUGGUUGUUGCUCGGGGGCGAAAUUUUAAGAAAGCAAAACGAGCAUAUGAGCAACGAAACAAAUUGCAUGCCCAAGCUCAGGC